UUAAGAUCUUGUAAAGACUUUAUCUUUUAGAUUUAGAAAUCUCAGUAAUAUGCAAGAUGUCUGUGAUCCGAUGAGUUGAGACAAAAAUCAUUUACCUUGAACAUUAGGUGAAACUCGGAUCUCUGAAUUUUAACUAUGGUUCUUGAAUUAAGGUUUAAUAUUCAGUGACACUGCAUAGGAUAGAUGGUGAUCCUUAAUAUACAAAACAGAUUUGAACUCUAGUGUUAACAACAGCUAAUGCGUUUGUGUUGAAUUUUUGUUUAAUUAUCUUCUUUGUUUUUAAAAGUCUUAAACAUUGUUUUUAAAGCCUGUUGGCUUUAAAGCUGGUCGAGCUAAUAAUGAAUACACAGGUUACGUGGAGAAUGAAGAAGGUGACAAAGGAACUUAACCAUAUGUGUGUUACUGAUUCGUUUGUUUACGCCAAAGUUUGUGGAAGAUAUGAGACUAAGAUUACUCAAUCAACGCAGUAAUACCUAUGGUACAAAGCAUUUUCUUAAGAGAUGUAAUACAAUUGUCAAUACAUGGGCUCUGAAAUAGAUAACCUAAUCUAUUCUGUACAAUAUUUUUAAUAAUCUUUAGACAUGUUCUUUAGCUACGAGUUCUCAAUAACUCACACGUGAGUUAAACUAACUUUCUUGACUUUUUAUCAGGUAAUGGCUACUCAACCAUCAGAAGCAGAGCUGACAUGGAUGAACAAAUGGUGAAUGAUCAAUACGUUAUGGUAACUUGCACCGUUAAGCUGAGAAGAUAAGGUCUCCGUUCUGUAACCAUUGCGUCAGGACAGCAGCUAAAAGUAUCUCCUCCUUAUAUAUAAUGUUGGUCAGAACCUGUUUAUGAUUAAUCUAGUUUUAGAUAGAUGAAUGAAUUUAUAAUGUAUGUAAAAUUCAUGGUCAGAAUUGUGAAAAUAUGAUAUUUUUUUUUUUUAUCAAAUGUCUUGAACAAACGGGCUGAAUAGUUUUAUAAUGUUAGGUUUGAUGGUUCUAAUGAGAUUUGACAUUGUAAUGUGUUAACGGUGAAGAAAGUGUAUGCUGGUUAACCAAACCAGAUUUUUAGGCUUACGUGUCAUUAUAGUUACGAUUACAGGGAGUAUUUUAGUAAGUUAUAAUGAAAAUAUAGUUAGAGCAUAAAUGAAAUAUGAUUUUCUAAUAAUGAUUUAUUUUUUAAAAUAUCACACAUGAAUCAAAUUGUGAUUUCUGUUUUAAUAUAUAAGAUGUGGACAAUCCCGACUUUUUAAAUAUUGAAAAGAUUCUAAGAAGCAAGUAAACCACAACGAAUUUCGUAAGAAAGCCCUAAAACUAGUAGCCGCUCGUGUUCAUCUGGAAUUCAUUGGGUUUUUUUUUUUUUUUUUUUCCAAGGUUAAUUUAUUUGGUAUCUUCAUCAUCUCCAAUGGACUCUCGAAGUGGUGUGGCUGAGGAAAAUACUGUUUCAAGUAAAGGGAUUCGAAAGAAGGUGAAGAACUCUGAGUCAGUAGCGUUACAGAGAUACAAGAUUGAUACUUACAACUUAGUGGAUCUUGAUAAGGUUUUGAAUGAUGUCUACUGCUCUUGUCGACCUGUUUCUGCUGACUACGAAGCUAGGAAGGAUACUUUGAAACACAUCAACGCAUUGGCUUUUGAUAUCUAUGGAGAUUCUAAGGGUGACAGGCCGGUCCUCAAGGCGUAUGGGUCUUUUGCGAUGGAUAUGUUUUUCGCGCGGAGUGAUUUAGAUGUGUCUAUUAACUUUGGUGAUGGAGUAUCUGAGCUUCCUCGUGAUUCGAAGCUCCAAAUCCUUGAAAGAUUUGCGGAAAAGCUCCACUCUUUGCAGGGAGAAGGGCAUGUUAGGAAUGUUGUUUCUAUCCUCAGUGCUAGGGUGCCAAUUGUUAGGUUCCUUGAUCAAAGGACUUGUGUUGAAUGUGAUUUGGCUGUCGAUAGCAAAGAAGGCGUAUUGAAUUCACGGAUCAUUCAGAUUAUUUCUCAGAUUGAUGACAGGUUUCACAAACUUUGUCUCUUGAUUAAGCAUUGGGCCAAAGCACACGAUGUUAACAGUGCGUUAAGCAACACUCUGAAUUCUAUAUCUAUAACGUUGCUAGUUGCUCAUCAUUUACAGACUCAAGAUCCUCCCAUUCUACCUCCAUUCUCUCUACUAUUUAAAGAUGGAGUUGAUCCUCCCAAUGUUGAGAAAAGGACGCAGGAGUUCUUGAACAAGGAGAAGCGAAAUAAAGAAUCUUUGGGUAGACUCUUUGUAACGUUUUUUGUCAAGCUGCAAUCUGUAGAGUUCCUAUGGAGACAAGGACUCUGCGUCAGUUUGCGGAGUGGUCUUUGGAUAUCCAAAAGGUGGAGAAGAGCUGGUGUCGGGAUUAAUGUUGAGGAUUUUUUAGACGUGUCUCAAAAUGUUGCAAGGGUGGUUAAUGACAGAGGAGCUAAAAAGAUAUACAGUUCUAUAAAUCAAACUGUCGAGGAACUUUUUGAAUUUCUUAAUGGCAAGAUCGAUGGAGCACAUCUCAAAGACAAGUUGUUUGUCCCCCAACCCCUUGUGGAGCCUCCUCUUGUGCCGCAAGUCGAAGUUUACCAUCAACCACCUCAUCACAACUACAGAUGUGAUGAGUUUAAGGGUCAUCACAACAAAAGGCCUCGUUUUGGAAAUGGUGGUGAAGAACCAAUCCAUGCAGCAGGUGACGACAGUCAUGCAAUUGAUCUGCCACCGCCACCACCACCUUUUGGCAGAGUUUAUAGAAUUUAUUGUGAUAAAUUCGGUCCUCAAAACCUCCCCUGAUCUUUUUUCUUGCUCAGUCACCAACCAUUUUUGAAAGAUGAAUAUAAUUUCAUGUUAUAUAGUUGAGAGUCUUGAGACCCGAUAUGAGCAAAUGUAUUUAGUGUGGGUUUUUGGUUACUAGAGAGAGAAUACAUGGUUUUAUUAUUAUAUAUCUUACCCAGGUUAGCUGAAAAUUAGUUACUUUGGUUAACUUUUAUGUUUGUUUUGGUUUUGAAUUUAAAUUGGAGGCAUUGAAUCCAAACUGUUUUAAGACAACUUGUGUCAGAGCAAUGCUAACUCCAGUGAUAUGGCUAUGUUUUCGACGAUAGAUUUUUGUAUGGGAAAUUGGAGCCUAUAGCAACGAAAAAAACGAUAAUUGGUAGAGUAGCUAUUUUACCUAAUACAUCAAUAUACCAUGCAUCUUUUAUAUAAUAAUACUACUAUGCCCUCUAACACAACCGGUAAAACCUGUAAACAAAAAAAACACUAAUGUAAUAAUACUUACCUAACACACAUACAUCGUGGCCUUUAGAGAAUCACAUACUGAGUUGUUUCUUUCCCAUUUUUGAUCUACAUGGUAACCACCAAAACUAUUUAUGGAGUAGCUUUAUCUAGGAGAUGUCCAUCUGCAACGCCUCGCUUGGCUACUGACGGAAAGCUUUGCGCAUCUGAAAUCUAUGGAGUCGCCGACAACGUAAACGGCACCGCCGCGAGGUUCGUCAACACUUCCUUCAAUCGCUUUAAUCUCUUCGUUUACGAGGCGGUUACAUGUACUAUUCCCAUGGAUGUCGUCAGUUACACAUAUCUUUCUUGCUGGGAAUGUUCUUGAAUUGAUCGGAGAAGAUGAACAGUUUUUGUAACAUUGUAUUCUAUACUAUUUUAUGCGUAUGGAAUAGAAAUGUAAAACAAUAUGUAUUAUGAAUGUUUUAUUCAUGUUAUGUAAUGUGAAAUAGUAUGUUACUAUACUUAUUUGUCAUGUAUCGUUCCAUUUGAUGAUUAAUAAAGAAAGUGUUAUUUUGUUCA